GAGAAUUGUAUAUAUUUAUACUCACUCGGCUUAUCAAUUCGUCUCCAAAAUUUCCAAAUAAAUUCACUCAGAUCUCCACUAAGCUCUCUACUGUGUUCUAAUCAUCAAUAACAAAUCAAGAAACAGCGCCAUGGUUGUGGAAAGGGUGUUCAGGAGUGUGUACAACCUCAACAACGAUGAUGACAUCGUGACGCACAUCAAGAUCGCCAUGUCCGUUGCCUCUUUGACCGAGCCCGACAAUCUGAGGAAGAGCCGCUGCAGAAUCGUCAAGUUACUGUUCGCCGACAACCCCUUUCCCUCCGCCGCCGACGAUUCCGAUGAAGAAGAAGAUCAAGAUUUGGGUGGCCUGAUAAAAGACCCCCCUCCCAAGAAAGAUGAAAAACAACAAAAAGGGUUCAAGAAAGCUGUUGAAGAAGACUCUGUGGCGGCGGCGGCGGCAAAGAGGAAGCUCUGUGGCGGCCAGAAAGAAGGUGCAGAAAAGAAAGCCAAAUCUCCUCCUCCUCCCUGCUGCGGUGGUGUCCAGCAACGGCUACAGGCAAAGAGGAAGCUCUGUGGCGGCCAGAAAGAAGGUGUAGAAAAGAAAGCCAAAUCUCCUCCUCCCAGCUGCGCUGGUGGCCAGCAAAGGGUACAGUCAAAGUUGAAGAAGAGAAAGCCCAAUCCAAGAUUUAUUAUUUGCUAGAUAAUAACUGAUGUGCAGACAGAGUAAUUGAAGUGCCAGAUGACUCUACUGGGGAGAUAACAGACUGCCGGAGAAGAUGCAAUGAAAAAUUACACAGCAGCGGCGACCACCUGCGUGGCAGGAUUACUAAACUCUGGAAUUUGUU